CAGGCAGCGGCUCACACACACACGGGCUCUGAGAGAAAGAGAGAGAGAGCGAGAGAGAGAGAGAGAGAGAGAGAGAGAGAGAAAGAGGCGGAAGACGGAGGCUGACUGUCACUGCUUUUUAUUUAUACACGUUUCAUAUGAGCGCACGGACUCGCCCGGCAUAUUGAAGAAGCAUGUGGACGGGAGCAGGAAAGCUGCUGCUCGUACAGUUGUUACUGGUGAAGGCUCUUCACGCUAAAGGAACCAGAACGGAUUGUGAAACUGGACAGUUUCAGUGCAAGAACGGCAGAUGUAUCCCCACGCCAUGGCGAUGCGAUGAAGACGAUGACUGCUCUGACAACAGUGAUGAAGAGAACUGUCCGAAGAAGACAUGUGCUACGACAGACUUUGCCUGUAAGAAUGGACAGUGUGUGCCAGCUCGCUGGAGAUGUGACGGGGAGCCUGAGUGUGCAGAUGGUUCUGACGAAGCUGACUCUACCUGCAAUCGGCAAACCUGUCCCCCUGAGAAGUUUGACUGUGGUGGUACUACAAGCAAGUGUGUGUCGCUGUCCUGGCGCUGUGACGGAGAGAGGGAUUGUGAAAACGGAGCAGACGAGGAACAGUGUGCUGCCGAUGCCAAGGCUUGCCCAGCUAAGGAGUUCCAGUGUCGGAAUCGGGUAUGUGUGGCACCCACGUUUGUGUGUGAUGGUGAUGACGACUGUGGCGAUGGCAGCGAUGAAGAGAAGUGCACAGCAUCCACAGCCAGCACAUGCGGCCCCCACGAGUUUCGCUGCAAUGAUUCGGAGUGUAUUCCCGCUCUGUGGAGCUGCGACGGAGAUCCUGACUGCGGAGAUAAAUCAGACGAGUCCAUCGAGCGCUGCAGCCGCAGAACGGAGCCACAGAAACCCCGGUGUCCAGCUGGGGAGUUCCAGUGCGGCAGCGGAGAGUGUGUCCACUUCAACUGGAAGUGUGACGGUGACGCAGACUGCAAGGACAAGUCAGACGAGGCAAACUGUCCUCUGUUGACCUGCAGACCAGAUGAGUUCCAGUGUGGUGACGGGUCCUGCAUUCAUGGCACUAAGCAGUGUAACCGAGUGCAUGACUGCCCUGACUUCAGUGAUGAAGCGGGCUGCAUCAACAAGACUACUAAGUGUGAUGGACCUCUGAAGUUUAUGUGUAAAAAUGGAGAGUGUAUUGAUAGUAACAAGGUCUGCGAUAGCAUCAAAGACUGCAAGGACUGGUCAGACGAGCCGAUGAAGGAGUGCGGCCUGAACGAAUGUGCCAAUAACAAUGGCGGCUGUUCUCACAUAUGCAAGGACCGGCGGAUAGGCUACGAGUGCGAGUGUCCGUCGGGGUACAAACUGCUGGAUAAGAAGACCUGUGGAGAUAUUGAUGAAUGUGAGAACCCAGACAUCUGCAGUCAAAUUUGCAUCAACUACAAAGGUGACUACAAGUGCGAAUGCUACGAGGGUUACGAAAUGGAUCCAGUUACCAAGACCUGUAAAGCUGUCGGCAAGAGCCCAUACCUGAUGUUCACCAACCGCCACGAGAUCCGUCGGAUUGAUCUGAUAAAGAAGGACUACACCCAGGUGGCGCCCACUCUGAAGAAUGCUGUUGCACUGGAUGUAGAUGUCAACACCAAUAAGAUGUACUGGUGUGAUCUCUUUCACCGCAAGAUCUUCAGUGCAUAUAUCAACAAAGCCAGUAACUCUUCUGAACAAACCACACUUAUUGACUCAGCACUACAUUCCCCAGAAGGCAUAGCGGUGGACUGGGUGCAUAAAAACAUCUACUGGACUGAUUCUGGACACAAGACCAUCUCUGUUGCUACCAGUGAUGGAAAGAAGAGAAAAGUAUUGCUUGACUCUGAACUAAGUGAACCACGUGCAAUUGCUGUUGACCCGAGACAAGGGUUUAUGUAUUGGUCAGACUGGGGAGCAACGGCCAAGAUUGAAAAAUCUGGGAUGAAUGGUGUGGACCGCCAGGUGCUGGUCUCAGAGAGAAUUGAGUGGCCUAAUGGGAUUGCACUAGAUUUAUCCAGCAGACGUCUGUACUGGGUGGACUCCAAGCUCCACCUUAUCUCCAGUGUGGACCUAAAUGGAGACAACCGAAGAGUUCUGCUCUCCUCUAUGGAUCAUCUGGGUCAUCCUUUUGCUCUCACUCUAUUUGAGGACCGAGUGUAUUGGACAGACCUGGAGGAUGAAGCCAUCUACAGCGUCAACCGACUGACAGGGCAUGACGUGGCCAUGCUGGCUCAGCACCUUAACAACCCCUUGGACGUAGUGGUGUUCCACGAGCUUCGGCAACCCAAAGCUCCGGAUAGCUGUAACAUGGGGAGUCUACCCAACGGAGGCUGCGAGUACCUGUGUCUCAAAGCUCCCCAGAUAACUGAGCACUCGCCCAAGUACACCUGCGCCUGCCCUGAUGAUGCAGAGCUGGGUCCAGACAUGCGCCGCUGUGUCACAGUGGUCAAACCCAAGUCUACAACAACCACCACUACACCUUCUACAAGUACUACAACAGAACCUACAACCACCACUCCUGCCUCUACUACCACUUUUUCCACCACCAACACCAUCAUCACCCCUACUACCACCAGUACUACCACCCAGAGUACUUCCAGUUCCUCCACCAGUACUGCCACCUCUACUACUCCAGUUACUUCAACUACUGCUGCCAUUACAUCUACUCAAACAAAAACACACAGCACUGUACACACAAAACCUCCCGUUCUAUCAACCACACUGCCUUCUACUACCACACAAUCAUCUUCAACUUCAUUCUCCACGACAAGCAGCACCCAGACCAGCACCACGCAACACUGGCAACAACUGCAUACCUCCACCCAGAGACCUGCAGACAGCAGUUCAACCACUGGCACAACCACCACCACCACGUCUGAGACCAACAAGGCGAAAGGAGACAACACAAAUCUCUCACAUCGUGCUGCAAGUGAUCACUUCCUCCUGGGUAACAACAUAACUGUGGCAGUUCUGGGUAUUGUCAUCCCUAUAGUUCCUAUCCUUGCCACAGUGGUCAUCGGCCUGCUGUGUACCGGAGGCUACCUGGUCUGGCGCAACUGGAGGCGGCGGAACACCAAGAGCAUGAACUUCGACAACCCAGUGUACCGCAAGACCACGGAGGACGACGACGACGACGAGAUCCACAUCGGCCGCAGCGAGCAGAUCGGACACGUCUACCCAGCCGUGAGUGGCAGCGCCAGACAGCCCUUCAUAGCCCUGCCCUUAGGGAGCAGCAUCCCCGAUCCGGCUGCUCACUGGUACUCAGGGGCACCCAUGUUAACAAGCACCAAGUGAGGACUGGAAAGAUUUAGGGUUUAGUGCGGGCAAAAAGAGACCAGGGCCAAGCCGGGCACGGCCAGCACAUGCUGGUCUUAGGAGAGGAUAUCAUGAGAUCAUGCUGCAGCACUAGAUAUGCACAUAUUCUCAUAUUUCUAAUACAUACACACAUAUACAUAUACAUACACAUACAUAUAUAUAUUUACUGACCCCAUCCUUCAUCCACAACAUAAAAUAAUAUUUUUCUUUUCACAUUUCACCACAUAUAUUUUCAUUCAUUCAUACAUUGUAUGUUAGAAUUGAAUCACAAGUUUGCUGUGCUUCCAUUCAGAAGCAUAGCAUUCGGGUUCUCAGUUUGGUUCUGUGGCGGUACGUGUCUGAGCAUGAUAUUUUUCUGUUUGAUGUUUGAUAACUUGGACGUGAUGAUCCUCCCAGAGCACUUGAGUUGCGUUGUUUAUUCAGUGUGGCUGAGGUAGGAAUGGGUAAUGAGCACCUUAGAUGACUGGACAAUCUUUUUUGAGGAAACGUGUUUGUUUUGUCAUUAGUUUCUGUUGAUUAGUCAGAUAUUUGGUUCAUUCUUUCAUACAUGCAUUGAUUGAUAAUAUCUUAGUAAUCACAAGCCUGAAUUUGCAAGGAGCUUUGCAAGAAAGGAAGGAGCAGGUGAAGUCGAGGAGAAAUGUGUCGCAAUGUUCUAGAUUUCUAGAAUAGGUAGUGGAAGGAAUGGCAGCUCUUGCUAGUAGGAUGAGAACAAUUAAACAGGGACAGGGAGGAUAGCUUCAGUGUCAAGAUGAGUGUAGACUCGCCUUCUAAGGCAUAGUAAAGGAGGAUUCUGAGCAGUUUGAGCUGCAGGCUGCUGUUUCCCAGUCAGUGGGUUAGUGCUUAGUUGAGAUAGAGCUGUCACUGGGGCUCAGACUGGGAGACGGCUAUCCCAGUGACUGAACAGCAGAACAGGAUUCCCUCCAGUGCUUCAGUGGAGAUGUGCUGGGGGCGUAAUCUGCCUAUUGGACGUCUCUGAGCCUGUGACUCGUCUUCCAGUGGUUUGCCCCAGCACUCACAUACACAAACAUAAUGUAUCUCCCUCCAGUCUUCUCUCUCUCUCUCUUUCUCUCUGUCUCUCUCUGUGUCUCUCUUUUUACUUCUUUCUUUCCUUCUCUAUUAAUGUCUUCUUUCUUCCCUUCUUCUGUCCUUCCUUCAUCCACCCUUUCUCAAGCACAGUGUGUAUGUAACAUUAUUUUUUUUGUUGUUUGUGUUUUUUUUUUAUCUGCUCUCUGCAGCGUGUGGCGCUCAGUAUGGAGGAUGAUGGAUUCCCCUGAGGCCAUUUUCUACUUCCCUCCUCAUCACCCUACCUCCCUCCCUCCCUACAUCCCUCUCUCCCUCCCUCCCUGUGUCCAUCCAUCCUCUCGUCUCGGGCCCGUGGUCUCCUGGGGAGACUGCAGCACUACACAGGGAUGCACACAGAGAGAGAAAGAGAGAGCGCAGACGACAUACACACUCAAACACAUGCUCUCCAUGACUGUGACAGAGAGCUACUGGACAAACUGGGUUUGUUUUGUAGUGUCUGAGUUUAUAGCUAUAAGCCAAUAGCUCUUCUUUCUGAAUCAGUAGUUACUACAGACUAACAAUAACCUCUAUUUGUACUUUGUAGAUUCUGAUGUAGAUUCUCACUGCUGCAUCUUUCUGUUAGAACAUAGAACAGUAGUAGUGAAUGCUGCUUCAUGAUGACUAACCUUUACAGACAUGUACUUCUUAAUCUCCUGGUGGAGGCUGCUGCAGCUUGCACCACAGGAAUGGCCUGCUGUGUCGUAUUAAUUAGCUUUUUGUUUUUUGGCUGGUGUAAACAUGCUAAGCCUGUUUUGGUGGCUGAGCCGUGAAGGCAGAAGUGGGGCUCCUCGUGGGCAUGAAUGUGCCGGAGGGCAAUAACACAGCUAACUGCAGGGCACAGCUCAGGGGAGGAGGGAAUAGUGGCUAAUCUGCCCUAUUGGCAUGAGAUGUCCAUAGCAUUUACACUGAAUGGUGAUCAGGGGGCAUAGAAUUUACAUGCAUAAUGUACAGUAUCUAUGUGCAAGUCUGACACAAACAGAACAGAACUGUCUGAAGAGUUUAGGGUUUAAACUCUAAACUGUAUCUACACCUAAAGAAAAGGCUUGGUUUGUAUGGAACUGUGUUGAAAUUUUAAACAGGCUUAAGUAACUAAUGAGUAAGUCGUAAAAGUUAAUGUCAGCAAUCUUCCAGUACCACAUCAACUGUACUUAGAUGUCUUCCAUACAUAAUGGAUCCAGGCGCAAUCCUUCAUGAUUUUUUAACCUGUCAUAUGAGGACAUGAGGCAGGACAGGAAGGCCUGCUCUCUGUUUUCUGCUACUGUACAUUUAUACAUUAAUCUCUGACUUCUCUCAACACACCAGCACUGGGUCUUCCAUGUCCCAAAGCUCGCUAUUCCUGAGCUCUUCCCAGCCUCAUCAUCUGCAGGGAUUUAAAACUGACUUAUUGCUCCUGCACAGGUCUCCAUUGCCAGUUCAGUGUUUGGCUUAUUUUGUUUUUUGUUUUUUUUACUUCUAUUAUUCAUAUAAUCCAUUCUAUAUUUUUGUGCACUGAGUUGAUAAAACACUUAAACAAAUACAGUUAUUAUUUUUAAGAUCAGAACUGAAACAAAGCCCUCCUCCUGCAUCAGGUUUGACUGUAAGGCUACUGAAAAUGGCACUAAAACCCUGUGCUAGGACAAAAUUGUCCACAAGAUUAAUCAUAGAUUACAUUCUCUGUCUCUCUGCCUGUUUUUUGAACCGUGCAUAUGAGCUUCCUGUUCAUAUCCGGGUCCGUCAUGCUGAACCCAUCCGGUACAGUCCACAAGAUGAAUGAGUGAUCAUUAAUCUCUGUACCACUCCAUCUCUGUGACGCUGCUCGGCUGAUUGGACACCUGUAAGAGGCAGGUUCAAAUUUGUCCUGAUAAUGUAAUGAAGGCCUGAAGGCAAGAGAGUCAAGCUGGCACACUGCUGUACAGUGAUGUGGAAACUUUUUUUUUUCAAGUGUCAUUGUAAAAGACUUACGCAUGCAUGUCUGUCACUGUUGCAGACUGUACUGCUCUGACACAGCUCAAAUAAGAAACAUUUUCUCAUUAUUAUCUUGAUAUGGAGAGAGUGAAGUGAUUCGAGAUGUGACAUUCUUGCCAAAAUUGAAGAUUCUUCUUCUGGGUUAAAAGCGCAGAAUUGAUUUUUUUUAUACACUGGUUGAGAAUUCUUUGGCUUGUGUGUUUUCUCUUUAAGCGAUCUCUUUUUGGCAAACAGGGUAUGUGAGACUGGUGACUCCUCAUCAUCUGAGUGUGAGUGUGUGUGUGUGUAUGUGUAUGUUGUGGUGCACUGUGUGCCGUGUGUGGGUGGCCUUGCAUCUGGAGUGCCUGUUUGUUCUCGGCCCUCUCCGCUAUUCUCUCCUGCGACAUGCCUAGUAAAGCGCAGAGCUUGUACAACACCUUCGACAUUUCAAAGAGAACUCCUCCAAUAAGCUACUGUAUGUUUACUAGUGUAGGAGUCGACCGGUCAAGGUUCUUUCAGCAUGAAUUGUAAGAGAAGCACGCAAGAGAGGGAGAGGUGGAUGCGUAUGAAGCUUGCUCUGUAAUUGCGUCGGGUUGUAUGUUUUGCUUUAGCGUAUGAACUCUGAUGGAUACGCUGGCAUGGGCCCCCACACACUCACUGUUCUUGCAGAUUUCCAUUGUUUUGGAUGGCAGCUCUGGCAUGAAUUUGAUCUUUCGGGCUGAUCUGAAGCUGGCAGAUUUGUCCUUAUCGUUGUUGCAUUUGUAGUCACUGUUUUUAGUGGGUGCUGUUUCAUGUGGACCUGUUUGGAACACAGUGUAGGAAGCAUUUUGUCGCUGUCAUAUCAAAACCUCCUUUUUUUGUUUGUGUUUUUUGAAAAUGCCAGCUGUGCUUUACAUUGUGUGAACAUGUCAUGAUGAUAAGUGGAUCAAUAGGAAUGGUCCUCGAUAAAAUAAAUAGUGUUACAUAAACAUGCACUAAAGCUACUGACAAAACCAUUUUAUGUUUUGGUAUGACAGCGACAAGUUGAAAUAUUCAAAUUGAAACUUGUUUGAUAAUAAGACCUUUUGUAACAUUGCUACAGUAAUAGAUUAGAUUUGUAAUGUUCUGAUGUUACAUAACUUACUUCAGAUACUUCUUUGACUCCAGGUCUAAUAAUGUGAACGACAUAGGUCUCAGAUUCUUAGGAAUCUUAGACGAGCAAUACAGGGUAAUAAUACUUGUCUUUCUCCAGACUAAGUCUGGCUGUUUGUGUGUUUUUUGUAUGUGUACAUAAAUGUAUACAGUUAGUGUUUCUGCUUUUUGAGGUCAGAGUACUGCACAAACAUCCUUUUGUAAGUCACCAUGACUCCAUAACUUCAUGGGUUUAUCAGGUGCUGCUCUGGCGUUGGGAUAUGAACACGUUAUCAAGCGUAAUUUAUUGCGCAGUCCCAUAAAGUUUAAGAAGAAGAGUUUUGCAUCUCUCAGCUGAUACUCACCCUCUGUAGACCGCUACCAGUGCUUUAGCGACCUUUCUGCAUUCUUACUCUAUGCAUUUAUAAUGGUAAUCCCUGCCGUCCUAUGGUGCAGUGCAGGGUUGCACCGUGCUGCUUCUCCAUCUCUAGCCAUCGUGACUAACAUCCAUUUUAACCAUCUCCAACCUUCUUACCAUCUGCUCAUUCUUAGCUCAUACUCAUCCUUCUCAUGGCCCCUCAAACCGUGUUAACCAUGUUGUGUUCGAAAGGGCUAGCUUUUCCUCCACAUGGGGAAAAAAUAAGAAAACACACCGGACAAACUGGACAAAUGAGCCAGAUGCUCUCCUGGAACUGUACAGCGCUCCCUCCUCAGAGUCAAGACUACAAGAGACUUCAACAGCAAAGCCCUCCCAAGUGAUUUGACUUGUUAAAGGUAUAUCUGGUGACUCACCUGUAAAGCUUGGUCCUCCUCACCCCGGUGACAUUCCUAUCGGUUCGCUUUGUGGUCUGUGGAUAUAAUGACCUCCAUUUUGAUUUCCCUUGUGAGAUCGUGUACUACUUGAAGAAAUGUCCAGGCAUAUAUAUUUCUUUUUUUUUCCUUCAUAUGUCGAUAUACAGUAUCAGGAAGCAUGAGGAAGGGUUUUCUUUUUAUGAUUAUUCAAGCAACACAUCCAUUCCACAGCCGUUUCCAAGACAUUUUCUACACUGUUUGUUGCACAAACUUUUUCGAGAAGCCUUCUGCACUGUGUAAAUGAUUACAUGGGGGGAGGGGGUGACAGGAGCUGUCCACUGGUUUUGAAUCAUGAUUUGUAAAUACGUUUUCAUACAGCAAAACUUUUGAUAAUGUUUUGAACAUUUCUUUAAAAAGGAUAUGUAUAUUAGCCUCCUGGAGAAGAAGAAAAAAAAGUGUAGACCAUAUAUUGAAUUUAUUUGUACACAAGAGAUUUCUGGAUUUCUUUACUACUUGAUUGUAACUAAAAUUAAUCUGCCAAAGUGUUUUUAUUUUAUUUUUUUCUGUCUUUUUAAUUUAAUUAGCUUUUUAACAGUAAAUCAAUUCAGAAAUAGGCAUUUGUGUUAUAUUUAAUUCUAUUUAAUAGAUUGUGUUCUUUGUUGAAAGAAAGAAUUAUCAGUUUAAUUUAUUGGUGCCUUGUUUGGAUUUAUGUAUUUUACUUUUUUCUGUGUUUGUGUCUGUGUAGUUUUUUUUUUUUUUUUAGUUUUAUUAUUCUUUCUUUUGGGGGUGGCUUUUAACUUAGUGACACUGUACUUACAUGGAAUAUCUGUACUGUAUGCCAAAAUGGUCUCACUCACGUUUGUAUGGAAAUCGAGCUGUUGAUAAAUAUCUCUAUAUAUUGAUAUAUUAAAUUGAUAAAAUCAAAA